AGAUGGCAGCAACAAUUCUGGAGCUAGAGUGAAGAGGAAGCUGCUUAUACGCGAGAGGAGAAUAGAGCAGUAAUUUAGUCAGCGGUUCGAGAUUGGGUCUCUUGAAAAGGAUUUACUAUAUUUUGUUUCUUUACUGUACAAGGAUGGCCCUCUCUUCAGGGAGCGAAGAUUUAUUUGACUGUAUUCUCAUGGCGGACGACAAGUUCCACGUGGAGGGCUACCAUGAGGGGUUUGACGAGGGCACGCGACAAGGGAUAAUGGAGGGUCGAAUGCACGGGGCGACUCACGGCGCCAAGCUUUCAACAGAGGUCUCCUUCUACCAUGGCUUCGCAGUCACCUGGAAGAGUAUUCUUCAGAACAGCACAGAUCCCAAAGCCAGGAAAAAGCUGAAGGCUCUGGAGGUUUUGCUUUCGUUGCUCGAGAAGUUUCCCAGUGACAACCCUCAAUAUGAGAACUUACAGGAGGACAUGGAGAAGCUUCGUGCCAAGUUCAGACAGGUCUGUUCCCUACUGAACGUGCCUACAGACUUCAGUGAGUAUGUUCAUGGCUCUGGAGGAAUCACUUUCUGAGGAAGGCUGAUCCCUCCAACAAAGGGCAGGAAAGGCCAAGAUGGCCGACCUCUGUGUUAGCGGGUUAGAGUGCCCCCCUCAAAGGUGGACCAACCAGCCAGAUGUCACAUGCUGCUGUGCUGUGGUCUCUUAGAGAAGACUUGGUGUUUUCUGGUUGUCUGUUGCCAUUGGAGAUGAGGAUGUUUGUGUUCUCAGAGUGAGGUGAUUUGAUAGUGGGGUGUUGCUGAUGAAGUGUUGAACUGGUGGGGCGUUUGUGGGAACAUUUGGAGUGUGGACCAAAAUACCAUAAAAAGAUCAGGCUCCUGGUCAUCCAGGUUCUAGUGACGGACCUGAUUUAGGUAUAUAAUGCUGUAUGAAGGAGUUAAUAAAAUAUUUCUUAAACAUU